AUGUCGGAUCUUAACGAGGAACUAGCCAAAUGGUUCGAGGAACUACAGAAAAUACCCCAAGAGCACCAUCUGCUAUGUCCUAGGAUCUCUGAUGAAGAUGGCGAGAACUACAAGACUUUGGAAGAUCCACACUCAGAGAUUUCGAUCGAAGAGAAGAAAAAACGUAUCCAAGAUGGUGAUAGGCGUAUUGAGAUCACAUACUGGAAUAGUUUAAUAUUUGGGUUCGACAAAAGCGAUGCCGGGAAGUGGUUGGAGGACUUCACCAGCAGGUUGGAAAGUUACCUCAAGCACUGCUCCGAUUGUGUCCUUAGCUGGCAUAUGAAACGCAAAGCUCACCUCCAAAAGUUUGCCGAGCGCUGGAACGAGGAUGCCGUUGCACAAAUUCGAGACCUCCUUGAUCGACUCGAUAUCAAGCGUAUCGACCACAACCUAAAAUGGGCGAAGGAAUUUAUUGAGAAGAUCGAGGCAACUGGUGCGGUGUUCAAGAAGUCUGCAUUUGGAGAGUAUUUAUCGGAAGUCCACAUCGCAGUCUAUGAGGCUCUUUGCUGCGUUCCCUAUAUGGCGAUCCCGGACCAGCGAACAACCUUCCAGUAUGUUUUCAUGAGACUACAAGGAAAGAGUUAUUUGAAGCUUGGUACCAAGGAUCCUCUUCCAGGAAUGACAUAUUUUCUCUUCGAUCAGAAAAAUGAAGAUCGGAGGAAAUGGGCCUAUGAAAACUGGAAACAUAUAGAACCAAACUCCAUGAGCGAGGAGCAAUUCGAUUGGGCUGUAAGUGGUGGGCUAGUGGCGGCAAUGGACGAAAUCAGCAAGAAGGAUCUGGCCAGUGCAAUUCCCGAGACAUACCUCGAAAUCGAAAGAUUCUGGCUUGGCUUUGAACAAAUCCUUGGGGCCCUGAACGAGCAACUUAUUCUUGCACGACUCCGAAGCCUUGAAGUCCGUCCAGGAUGCCCGAACAUCUACGAAUUGCUUUUCCGCCACAUCCAAUCAUGCAGAUGCGAAGGAAUCCUUGUUGUCGGGAUUAGAAUCCUCGUCGCAUUCCUCAAAAUAUCUCCCAAACCUUUCUGGGACGUCAUCGGUGAUGCUCGACCUAAUGUCAUUGCCGAUCUCAUUUGUGGAAGCCCGGUGUAUCAGACACUUCUUCGCCAGUCCUUGGAAGACUGCUGGAGCGAAUUCCAGGCAGGACCUGAUUCUGUUCCGUUUCCAACCUCGUGGGUUGGCCCAUGGCUUGAGUCGAUAGGUCGUGAUCGCAGGUACGAUGCUUGUGACGGCCUCUUGCAUACCCUGUUUGAGACCUUGGCUAAAGAUCCGACGAUUGGGGAACCUGGCCAGGCAGCUUGCAUUCGAGCUGGGUUCGACGCGAUGACCUUCACUUUGGAAACAUUUGUUGGAUCCAACAAAAGCUCAGGAAACUCGCAUUUGUAUGCCUGCGGCAUCUUCAACGUAGUCAUGCGCUAUAAGGAUUUGAUUUUGCAAAACCUACAUGCUCCGGCAACUUCGCACUUGGGUUGGAAGACAUUCCAUGUUGCCCAAGCUGCGCAAAGCGUGCUGAACUCAGCGAUGAAACUCGACAUGAAGUUAUUUUCUGAAGAGUACCGCACCCUUCGCCGCUCCGAGAAACUGCAAUCUACCAUCACGAGGAACUCCAAACUAUUUUGGGAGGGCAUUGUGGAGAUGUUUGAUUCGUCAACGCAGCAAGCUUCGCUAGCAGAAGGGUUUUUGGUGUCUCUGGAGCCGUUGAUUGGCAUUGAAAAGAUCCGCCCUCUCAAGAAGACCAACCAGCUUGAUGAGCCCACCAAGGUAUUUAACGUGGCACUUGGAAACACAACUGAUGUUCUUGCAAGAAUAUUCAGUCGCAUCUCCGAGCUUGAUGUCACUGAUUUCCAGAAUUUAUUUGCCAGUAAUUUCGUUUUUCAAGUCACCAUUGGUAUUUCAAUGCACAAUGAGUCUGAUAUUGGCGAAGCAUCUUCUGAAUUGCUUAAAAGCUGGACAGGGGAGCUGUCUAGAAGUGGUGCCUUUGAGCAGAUCACGCAAGACCACCCGGACCAAGCUAUAGGCUCUGUUUUGUUUGUUCUUGACAGGGUUCUAAGGCACGCUGCUGAUGAAGAUCUUCUCCCUCCCUGGGAGCCAAUUCGGCCUAUACUUCAUAUGAGUCGAGACGUGCUUCGGGGGCUUAGCGACCCAACAAACGGAGUUUUGCGAACUAAGACUCUGGAACCGAAAUCGGUUGCCAUCGUCUUGCGAUGGUGGCAGGAACAAUGGCUGUUCAUCUCGAGGGCAUGCCGAAAUAUCGAGUCAUGGUCGCUCUACGUGUCAAACAAUACCAUGCAGGAAUUUUGCCGUGAGAUCAUGGAGUUGGCCGAAGCCUUGAUUGCAGAGGAUGGCCUAAUUACGUCGGUCAGUUCCAAAGCACGGAACAAGAGCGAUCAAGAAAUGAUGGAGCAGAUUCUCAAGCCCGCAAAGGACAACUUUCAGGGUAUGGAGAAUAUGAUUCGACUUCGUGAUCGGUGGCUGGUGGACGUCACUGUACGAGUCCUUUGCAAGAUUCUCCAACGUCUCCGAGAGAACCACUUGGAGAUCGCCGAGAGCUCCCGGAGUCUCAUCCUUGAUGCCUGCAUUGCCAAAGGCAGCCCACCUCGAUACAAACGUCUCACCAAUUUGACGGAUCAGCAACGGGCCGAGCUGCUUCAAGCGCUAGGUUACACAGAUGACGAGGUACAGGUCCACCAAAUCAACGCUAUUCAAGGGCGGGCAAAGGAUCAAGUGAAGAAACAGAGCAGUUUGGAUGCCUGGUCCAAGUCAGGCAGCACAGCAUCUGGUCAUGGCACGCCAAGGACGAACCGAGAUGACGUUCUUGAGCUUAGCAAAUCUAUCGACAACCCGAUCCUCAAGCAGCUUGAGGCGAGGAAGCAGCUAGAGGCAAAGAGAGCUGCAGCAGCGAAACCGAAACUGCCGCCUAAGGUGCCAGACCAAAGGGCCAUAUCUGCCUUGAAGGAGAGCCGUCAAAGAGAGAAGGCGGAAAAGCUCAAGCGGGACGCUGAAAUUGUUGCGCGAGCUAAGCAGCUUCGGGGAGAGACCGUGCAUGGAGAGGGCUCUUCGUUGGCAAAAUUGGCAUCUCUUGGAAAGGAUCAUUCGAGAAGCGAAAUAAUGGUCAAUAGUUCAGACGAGGAAUCUGAAGUCGAGGAAGACUCAGAUUCAGAUAACCAGCUCGCCGAACUAAGCAGCGGAGGUCGGAAGACAUUAGAUGAGGCAGAGAGACGCAACCGAAAGGCCUUGCUGGAUAAGACCCGCAGGCCGGUGAAGAAGAUCAAGCAACAACGAUCUGCGAAGGAGAUGCGAGCCCGUAUUAUCCCCCCAAUGGACCGGCUGCAUAAUACAAUUCUUGCCUGGGAUAUCUUCCAUGAAGGAAAUGAUCCACCUAGUGGUCCUAAAGGGAGCGAAGUCGCCACGAAGUAUCCGGAUCCCAGGUCGUAUCAGGGUACAUUCUUCCCCCUCCUGGCCUCAGAAGCCUGGCGUGCCUUCGUUACUGCUAAAGAUGAGAUUACUUCUCAACCUUUUGGUAUGAAGAUCGCAAGUCGAGCUAGUGUUGAUAGCUACCUCGAGGUUACUUUCACAAUGCCUAUUGUUCAAAAUAAGGACCGCGGUGUUUCUGAGGGAGACAUUCUUCUUGUUUCUGAAGCCGAGAAGCCAUUGCUUGAUUCAACGGCCAAGCACUGUCUCGCUCGGGUGCAUCGUAUCCAGUAUAAGAAGGAUAUGAUUGAAAUUACUUAUCGCGUUGCCUCUCGAAACAAUCCCUUGUCAAUUACUCUCAACCCCGGCAUUACUGUCUACGGAAUAAAAAUAACGAACAUGACAACCAUUGAGCGAGAGUAUGCCGCCCUGGAGAGUUUACAGUACUAUGACCUAAUGGACGAGAUUCUCAAAGCCGAACCAUCCCCGAUACUGAGAUACGGAGAAGAAAAGGUGACUAAAUGGAUGGGAAACUGGUCUCUCAAUAGAGGGCAAGCCUUGGCCGUUCUCGGUGCUCAGGAGAACGACGGCUUUACAUUGAUUCAAGGACCUCCCGGAACCGGAAAGACCAAAACCAUUGUUGCGAUGGUUGGUGCCUUGCUUUCCGAACAACUGGGGUUGCAGCUGGGCGGAACCGCGAUUGGCAAUCCUCUCAACAGACCAGGGGCACCUACACCUGCAAAUACUCAGACACGCCCGAAGAAGCUUCUGGUCUGUGCUCCAAGUAACGCAGCCGUAGAUGAAAUCGUCUUGCGUUUGAUGGGUGGGAUAACGACUGUCAAUGGUAAGCAGAGCAAAGUCAAUGUGCUGCGAUUGGGUCGCAGCGAGGCGAUUAAUGCUGCUGUGAGAGAGGUCACAUUGGACGAAAUAGUCAAGAAACGCCUUGAAAGUGAUGGAACUCGAGACAAGGCCAAGGCUGAUCGAGACAAACUUCAUCAGGAUGCAGGUAAGAUCAGAGAGGAGCUCAAUCAGCUCAGACCCCAGCUUGAUGAAGCAAGAGGUCAGGAUAAAGCAAAGUAUGACACAUUGUCUCGCCAUUUUGAGCAACUCAAGCGACAACAAAUGCAGAUUGGCAAGCAGAUUGAUGCAAACAAAGACAGCGGCAACUCCAUUGCAAGAGAAACUGAGCUUCGGCGUCGUCAGAUCCAACAAGAGGUUCUCAACUCAGCCCAUGUCCUGUGUGCUACACUCAGUGGUAGCGGUCAUGAGAUGUUUAGAAACUUGGAAGUUGAGUUCGAAACCGUCAUCAUCGACGAAGCUGCGCAGUGCGUCGAAUUGAGUGCUUUGAUCCCACUCAAAUAUGGCUGCUGUAAAUGUAUCUUGGUUGGAGACCCCAAGCAGCUUCCGCCCACAGUACUUUCACAGUCCGCCGCGCGUUUUGGUUACGACCAGAGUCUGUUCGUUCGAAUGCAGCAAAACCACCCGAAAUCGAUCCACUUGCUUGAUGUACAGUAUCGUAUGCAUCCCGAGAUCAGUACAUUUCCCAGCACAGAGUUCUACGAACGGCAGCUCAAAGAUGGCCAGAACAUGCUGCAGCUUCGGCAGCAGCCCUGGCACAAGAACGUUCUUCUGGGGCCCUAUCGUUUCUUUGAUGUGCAGGGUGUACAAGAAAGGGGCCACAGAGGGCAAUCCCUGGUCAACACAAGAGAAUUGGAAGUGGCCAUGCAAAUCUACGACCGAUUUAGCACCGAGUAUCGCGACCUUGACCUGACGCGAAAGAUUGGUAUCAUCACCCCUUACAAAGCUCAGCUGUUCGAGCUUCGUGCUCGAUUUAAGUCUCGAUAUGGCGAAAGCAUCACAGAGAUUAUUGAAUUCAACACGACAGAUGCCUUCCAAGGACGAGAAUGCGAGAUUAUCAUAUUCUCCUGCGUCCGUGCUAGCCCCACGGGUGGUAUCGGGUUCAUGACAGAUAUCCGACGUAUGAACGUCGGAUUAACCCGAGCAAAGUCGUCUCUUUGGAUUCUCGGAGACUCAAAGGCCCUCGUUCAGGGUGAGUUUUGGAAGAAGCUCAUCGAGGACUCACAGUCACGCAACUGUUAUACAAAGGGUGACAUUCUCUCUAUGCUCCGAAAGCCGCUUGAACAACGCUCUAUAGCGUCCUCGCCGUCGAAUAUGACCUCCAAUGGAAACCAUGAAAACAAGACCAUGGUGAUGCGCGAUUCUUCCUCUAGCAAGCCCCCUACCUCGACACCUAAGCCUUCUGGGCAGACGCGGCCUGCACCUGCAGCAUCUGGGCGAAGCCCUAUCCCGGGUUUCGGAUCUGGUCAUGAUGCAAGGCCCCCUCCACAAGUAGCCGGCCUGCCAGUCAUCCAUACGUCUUCAGAGAGAUCGCCAUCCGAUACGAAGAAGCGACCGUUGGAAGGGCCCGACACGGGUCAGCCAACAACCAAAAGGAUCGCCAGCAACGGGCCCCGAUCCUCAAUGCUGAGCAAAUUUGGCCAAAAGCCCAGCAAGGUCAAACCCCAGAAACCACCAACGGAUCCAUCCGCAAUGUCGGUUCUGGGAAUGGUACCACCUGAAAGGCCUCCUCCCAUCCCCAACUCGACACCAGGAGGAGCCCCUCCGCGGCCGAUUCCACGAAACUCGUCUGAUGGGCCAGUGCCACCUAACCCAUCAAACAACAAGCCACCUCCACCGAAGGGACCAAAGAAAAAACCAAGCUUGUUUGUGCCGCGAAAGCGAUAG